CCCUCCCUCCAACGGACCAACUGACGACGCUGGAUGGAGAUAGAGAGGGGAUUGCCUCGGAGGGAGAGAGGGAAAAACUUUUCUUCUUUUGUUUUUUUAAGAGCCAUUUACUUCGGCGGAGAGAAAGGGAGAGGUGAGGUGUGUGAGGGAGGAUCGUUAAGAUUUUCCAGAGCGGUGGACUUGAAGUUGUUUGGUGUGAAGCCACAGACGGAAACUUCAGCGGUUAAUUUAGCAGUUGAAAAGUUGUGUGACUGACUGAGGCACCAGCGGAGAAUGGGAACCAGCUAGCCUCCCUCACGUCUGUGGUCACAGCUGGGUUCGCGUUUUAAAAGAUUUGGAUGAUGCAGGGGUAGGGACAAAACGAUGCCGUUGUCGGUUUAGUUCAGCCUGUGAGUUUAAAAAGAGCCUAGGGAGAAGUUGGGAGAAAACCGGUUUUCCCUGGUACCCCACCGCCGCUUUUGUGUUUGUGAAUGGUGGGGUGUUUUUCCUGUUUGACAGGGCCGAUUGUCAAGGAGAAGUUAACGUUACAACUGCCGAACACCGGCUCAUCGGAAAGUGUAUCGCUGGCCUCAAGACCUCAAGGAAUAUUUUUAAAGUAAGGGAGAAGAAACUCAGAGGACAAUUGAAAUGGUGCCAGUCACCAAACCUGCUCAGAUGGACUUGAGAUAACGCCACCGGAAGUUCUACCUUCGUCCUGAACUUCAGCCUCCCACAUUUACCCAGAAUGGCAGAUCCCACUGGGCUGAGCUCUGAAGGGGCCGGUGCAGGCAUAGCCGAGGUCGACGCCUGUAGUUUGGAGAUAGAGAGGAAGUAUGAUGUCAUCCCUGCCGUCAUCUGCUCCAUGUGUUGCCUUUUUGGCAUCAUCUACUGCUUCUUUGGUUACCGCUGUUUCAAAGCGGUCAUGUUCCUGUCCGGUCUGAUGUUUGGCUCUGUCAUCAUCUUCUUGCUGUGCCACAAGGAGCACGUGCUGGACACCCAGCUGAGCGUGGAGGCCAGCGCGGGUAUCGGCCUCGGCAUAGGCCUGCUGUGCGGUCUGGUCACUAUGCUGGUGCGAAGCGUCGGCCUCUUCAUGACUGGCCUGCUGCUGGGCCUCCUCCUGGCCCUCGCUGCCCUGCUGGUCACUCACCAGUUCUACACUCCAACCACAGUCUGGGUCCCAGUGGGUGCACUUUUGGGAACAGGCAUGCUGUUUGCCGUGCUGACACUGCAGUGGCAAAAGCUCUUCACCAUGCUCUCCACGGCUGUGUUCGGGGCAGCUAUCAUGACAGUGUGUGCUGAUUUCUUUGUGGAGAUGCUGGCUUUGGCCACGCACGUGUAUGAAUGCUUGCGCCUUACGCCCGGGCCACCUCUCUGCUGGUACAGCUGGGUCAUUCUGGGCAUCUGGCCCGCCCUCAGCCUCAUAGGAGUACUGGUCCAGUGGAAACUGACGGACGACAGCUUCUCACACACUGAGGUGGUUAUCAGUCGGAGACAGAAGAGAGUCCAGCUGAUGCGGAUUCGAGAGAAGGACGCCAAGAAGCGACAGCAGGCAGGUGGGCAGGAAGGCACGUACCGCCGUAAACCCACCCCAGUGAAACGUUACGCUGGGGAUCUACUGGCACCGGUCAGUGUCACCCAACAUGAGCUACCUGCAAAGUCUGCGGGACAGACAGAUGGGCACAGGCACUUCCCUUAGCAGCCUGGGCACUGCCAACCACACCAUGAUCGACUUGGACUAUGAGACCGGGUCCACUGCACCCCUUACAGCUACAACCCCAGUCGUCAGGGUCUGAGCAAAACAGAGAUAAGAAGGGACUACUUAGUGCUCUCUGGUUCUCCAACUGUGUCUCCCUAACGUAGAGUAGAACCAAUAAACUGCUCCCCUCGGCUAAGGGUUUAUUCUGCCCUUGAAUUGAUUUGGAGCGAGGAUGGAUCAGUGUCAGUCCUGGGUGUUCAGUGAUAGAGAAUGCUGCUUUUGUGGAGAAGUGAGAGGUGUGAAGCUCCUGUUUGGUGAAAGCUAUAACCACUGCUACCACUGUGUUUCUCAGAGAAACACUUAAAAACAGAUACUAACAAAGUAAGGUCCUCCAUUUCCUCUCAUCAUGUAUUAAAUACAUAAACAGCAAGCCUCAGUGUAUUUCUGUUCUGGUAGUGAAUAUGACAAAGCAGUUUGUUUGACAUUACAUGUACUGUACUUAAAAAGUUAGUCAUUGCCAUGAAGUGUUGUGUUAUUACCCGUCGUACUGUUUAACGGUGUGGUCGUAGGAGUUGUUUAUCAUUAAAAUGACUUUCAUUUUGUGUAUUUUUAGAGUGUGGUGAGAGUAAAAUACAACAUGUAGUUGGAUACAUGGAGUACGACAAAGUGAAGCAAAAGCCGAUUGACGCAAAUAAAACAGUUUGUAUUUAAAAGCUCUUUUUACAUGAGCUUUUAACAGGAUCUUUAGCAGGACUCUUAAUUCUGUGACCUUUUUGUGUUUUCAAUGUAGCUCCUGGCAGAACACAGUAGGUGAAGAAUUUAGACUGUUGUGUAUGCUUGUGGAGUAAACUUUUUAUAACUUAAUUUAUAUAAUGACCAAGUACGUGGUAGUGUUGAAAAAAGGACAAAAAAGCAAAGCAUGUUUGUUGUUAAUUUGUAGAUUUUUAAAUAAUUAUCUGUAUUGUUGUUUAAAUUUUGUAGGGACAACACUCUUGAUACCUGAAUCUGUACAUACCUGUUGAUAGAAAUCUCAAAGAUAAAUAAAUGUGUUUGAUACAAAG